AUGCAGCUUUGUUAUAGUUGUCGACACGCAUUUCCACCUUCCUCAUUAGGUCAAUGUUCCUUUAGUGAUAUUAUUUCACACCGUCUCGACGAAAUACACAAUAUCGUUAACGAGAUGAAGGUGGAAACGGCUGAAGGGACUCAUCAAGUCCUUCAGCUUAGAGGAGCCCUACGUGAGUUGUGCUCCGCAAUUCACCAGGAGUUUGGGGCUCUAAAGCAAGAUAAGGGGGGUCAAGAGGCCGCAAAGCGACGGAACCUGCAGGAACAAGGGGAGUUGGUCACGUCAUUUCCCAAUAUCAAACAAGAAAAUCACAUACACUCACCGGCUACGCAAAUGACAACACCAACCAUCCCACGCCAUUCAUAUGGUGGGUGCUCACCGAGGGCCACUUUUAAUGGAACUGUCCCCAGCCAUAAGAUACGAAAGAUGAACUCCGCUCUUGAGCUUGUGUCAGCGAGCAUAUAUUGCGUUUUGGAGAGUGUGGCAAUCCGCACACGUGCUGCCGUCGCACUACUGUGGAUACCUCCGCCUGGCGCCGUAUCCGCCGAGCUUGUUGCUCCUUUUGUAGUUGGCCGUGACGUGUCUAGACUUCGAAACUCAGCUCCCUAUCGUGUUGGUGAGACCUCCAUACCAUGUGCAGUGAGUGAAGCCGGGAUUGCGCUGAAUCUGAAGCCGCGGCCGGGUGCGUUUGAUCCUAGAGCCUCGGAAAACUCUCCGCUUGUCGAUUUAAUCGAAACAUCCAACGCCGCACAGCUCCUUGUGCCCGUCUUCACGCGUUACGGCGAGGUACAGCGCUCGGUUUUAGGCGUGUUGCAUUUGCUUGGCACCCCUGUCAUUCCUUGUCCCUUUACCCAACGAAAUGAAGAGAUGGCAGUACAGACGGCAGCAACGCUCUCCAUUAUUGUUUCCUCGCACUACGAGGUAAUGGGAGGGGAGUGGGCAAACCGCAUUUAUGAUCCGUCAUUAUUGAUUAGUGCCUCGGCUUAUCAGGGCACACUGGAUAUGCGAAGCACGCAAAAAGUUGUUGAUGACUUCGCACCACCGCCCAUAUUGAUAUACCGCGGCGUCAACGAGCGUAAGCCUGAGGAUGACAUUCGGGAGGAAGUGAAGGCGCUUCGAAAUCUCAUGACGAGGCGACCAGAGAGACGAGCCGAGAUUUAUUCCGUCAAGGACCUGCAGCAUUACGCCACAACCAUGGAGCAAAACUGGGUUGCACUUUUAGGCACCAUCACGGAGAUGGAAAAUAAGAUAAAUAAGUUGGAGGAAAAUGCACUCCGCACUGACUUACCGAAGAAACAGCAAUGUAUGUCUUCUUCACUAGAACAAACGUCGAACACUCAAUCCGAGAGUAACGGUCUACACAGCUCACGGUGUGCCUCACCCUCCACCGGGGCUCUACCGUCUCUCUACGACGCGAGAUCUGUAAUCAAACCCGAGCAACUCAAUUCAAUCGAGAUUGCGGCUGCGCAAAAGCUACGCGCACUUAAGGGCGAUCCGUCAAUCUUCAUUACAGAAAAGGAGGUUUGA